AUGCAGCGAUCACCGCCAGCAAAAAUACAAAAAUACUCAUCAAAUCCUGACCUACCCGAAUCAGGUGAAGGAGACGACGACUUUGUUAGCUUCCGUAGGCGCAGGCUGCCCGAGGAUGAUAACACCAAACGAAUGAUGGAUUAUGUUGAGAAAAAACUGAGUGCUGAGCUUGAUUCAUGGAAGUCGCAGUUAGACGUCGUCAUCGCCGACAGUAUCAAAAAUUCUAUUGAUUCUAUUUUAGACAAAGAGAUCAAAAACAUUACCUCGACCAUAAACAAUUCCCUCAAGACAUUUGGAGACAAAUUAGAUAACAUCGAAAAAUCAUUAUCAUACGCGAUGGAGAGGCAGGACAGCAUUGAUUCGCGUUUAAAGCAGGUAGAAAGCAGAUUGAGCUCGAGUGAUGAUAUUAGCAGUCAAGUAACUCAAUUACAAGACAAAAUCGAUUCAAUGGAGCAGCAGGCGCGACUGUACAACAUUGAAAUAGCUAACUUGCCUGAGCGACGUGACGAAAAUUUAUUAGCUAUCGUUGAGAAGAUAGAUAACAGGUAUUGGGUAUUCCGCGCGGAUCGUGAUCGGGUGGGCAGCGGCCGCAGUGACGGCGGGGGCGCUCUGAUCGCGGUCUCGCGCGCACUGUGCCCGGCCGGCUGCGCGCCCGCCGCCGCUGCGUACUCCCCACUCCCGCCAGUGAUUGAUCAUGUUUUUAUAGAAUUCAAACUGGCUAAGCGAUACAUAUUGGACGUCCAUUAUUUGAAAGGAACGAACUCAUUUGAUUCUUGCAAAGUUAACAAUUGUUUUCUCUUGUUUCAGUUGGGCGUAUUCGCAUGGUACGCGUGGGGCUCCGGCGGGGUCGCGGCAGCGGCGGGCCCGGUGCCGGUUGAUUCUCCACUGGUGUACCGGCCCGACCGGCGCCGUGAGCUAUGGCGGUUCCUCACCUACAGCGUGGUGCAUGCUGGCUGGCUACACCUGGCCUUCAACCUCCUUGUGCAGCUAGCGGUCGGUCUACCUCUAGAGAUGGUUCACGGCGCGCUGCGUUGUGCAGCGGUCUAUUUAGCGGGAGUUCUGGGCGGUUCUCUGGCCGCCUCAGUACUGGACCCAGAUGUGUGCCUUGCGGGCGCUUCGGGCGGCGUUUACGCGCUGCUCGCUGCUCACUUGGCGAAUGCGUUGCUAAACUUCCACGCGAUGCGCUACGGUGCGGUGCGACUUGUCGCUGCGUUAGCCGUCGCGUCUUGCGAUGUAGGGUUCGCGGUGCACGCUAGGUAUACAAAGGAAGCGCCGCCAGUGUCAUACGCGGCGCACGUGGCAGGCGCGCUGGCUGGUCUGACCAUAGGGCUGUUAGUGUUAAAGCACGCACAGCAGCGGCUGUGGGAGCGGCUGCUAUGGUGGGGCGCACUAGGCGCAUACGCGGCCUGCACGCUCUUCGCUGUCCUAUAUAAUGUGUUCAGCGCGCCCGUCGACGAGCUACACUACAUGCCGCCCGACCCGCCGCCCGACGUAGCCGGCUUCUGACUCACGCCGGCUACUAACGGACGUAGACUUUGACUUUGAAACUACCCACCCUCAUUUGUCACUUCAGUGCGGGUCCUACCCUCAGUUUCUAUAUUGGUAGGGGCCUACUCUGAAACUUAUUGGCCCUUGCAUAACCUAAGAAGACCCGGUUUCAACGCUUCACUAUCACUAUCGUACUGUACUGUAAUCUCGUCUGCCGCAAAAUCUCGAACAUAAUGCUCGCAGCCGCGUCGCUCGUAUGUCGCCGCUCACUAAGUUAUUGCUCGCGAUUGCGGCAACAAUAAUUCGAUACGCGGACAGCUUUAUACGUUACUUUUAAAGUCAAAGCCUAAGUCUCACGGAACCGGUACGACCCACUCACAACACGCCUAGUCAAUUUACCUUAGUGUGAUUCGCGAUAAGUAGCAUUAUUAUUUGAGGAGGCUUGUGCCCGGUUUGAUACACGUCGUGUAUUGCGUCUAUUCCAGUGUAAAGAUUUAUGAAUCUUUUAUUUUAAGGCCGCGUUUCGCGUCAGGUCGACGUUCAGUUGAAUGUGCGUUUUUGCUGUUCGAUUCGUCAGAGCCUCCUCGCAAUACUUAAUUGUUAAGUAGUAUUAAUUGUAUUGAAUAGGUGAACUAUUUUUGUACCUACAAUCUGCGUCCGUAGUUAGCGUAGGAUGAUGGCGUUACCGCGACACCACACUCAGUUCCGUGCCGGCGGCCGGCCGCAGCGCGCGCGCCUGUUGCUUGUUGUAUGGCGCAGUCGCGCUGCGCUCGGGCGCCGGCGUAUAACCCAGAACACCAAAGAUUAGGAUAAAACUCAUCCAUACCUGCAUGGUGGCUUCACUUCACAGCUGAUUCAUUAUAUCUGAUUUUGAUAUAUAAAAUAUUUAAUUCAAGUUUUGCUCAGAAGAAAUACUUUAAGUAUGCCUAAAUAUUGAUUUUAACAUGAUUAAUUAAUAUUUAAGUGAUGUUGUGUAAAUUGCUCAAUCGCAAUUUUUAUUUUAUUUACUCAAUUGAUUGUGCUCAAAAGUGAGUUUUUAUUUAGCUAAAUUAAUUUGAUCACUCAAAUUAUUUCAAAUAAUUAUGAUUUUGUAAGGUGAAUACGUCCAUUCCGAUUAGACCACUGAUGUCUACUUUCAGCUUCUACUUCUAGCAAAAUAACUCACUAGUAUAGAUUUAU